CUCUUGAGGCGCCGGGAGCCGGACUUCACUGCACUUGCCUCAGAGCGCUCGGUUCUUCGCGUUUCUUCCUCCUCGGCUCUGCUCCGUCUGCCUCCGCCAUGGCCCAAGCUGACAUUGCACUGAUCGGACUGGCUGUCAUGGGCCAGAACUUAAUUUUGAACAUGAAUGAUCAUGGAUUUGUGGUCUGUGCUUUCAAUAGGACAGUCUCCAAAGUCGAUGACUUCUUGGCCAACGAGGCGAAGGGCACCAAGGUGGUUGGUGCACAGUCCUUAAAGGACAUGGUCUCCAAGCUGAAGAAGCCCCGCCGGGUCAUCCUGCUUGUGAAGGCUGGGCAAGCCGUGGAUGAUUUCAUCGAGAAACUAGUACCCUUGUUGGACACGGGUGACAUCAUCAUCGAUGGAGGAAAUUCUGAAUACCGGGAUACGACAAGAAGAUGCCGGGACCUCAAGGCCAAGGGCAUCUUGUUUGUGGGGAGCGGAGUCAGUGGUGGUGAGGAAGGGGCUCGGUACGGGCCGUCACUCAUGCCAGGAGGGAACAAAGAGGCUUGGCCCCACAUCAAGACGAUCUUCCAAGCCAUCGCUGCAAAAGUGGGAACCGGAGAACCCUGCUGUGACUGGGUGGGAGAUGAGGGGGCGGGGCACUUUGUGAAGAUGGUGCACAACGGGAUAGAGUAUGGAGACAUGCAGCUCAUCUGCGAGGCCUACCAUCUGAUGAAGGAUGUUCUGGGCAUGCGGCAUGAGGAGAUGGCUCAGGCGUUUGAAGAAUGGAACAAGACAGAGCUGGACUCAUUCCUGAUUGAAAUCACUGCUAACAUUCUCAAGUACCGGGACACUGACGGCAAAGAGCUGUUACCAAAGAUCCGGGACAGUGCUGGGCAGAAGGGUACUGGGAAGUGGACCGCCAUCUCGGCACUGGAGUACGGCAUGCCUGUCACCCUCAUUGGAGAAGCUGUCUUUGCUCGGUGCUUGUCCUCUCUGAAGGAGGAGCGGGUUCAGGCCAGCCAAAAGCUGAAGGGUCCUAAGGUGGUCCAGCUGGAAGGCAGUAAGAAAUCAUUCCUGGAGGACAUCCGUAAGGCCCUCUACGCUUCCAAGAUCAUCUCCUACGCCCAAGGCUUUAUGCUGCUCAGACAGGCAGCCACUGAGUUUGGCUGGACCCUCAAUUAUGGUGGCAUUGCCCUGAUGUGGAGAGGGGGCUGCAUCAUCCGAAGUGUGUUCCUGGGAAAAAUUAAAGAUGCAUUUGAGCGAAACCCAGAACUUCAGAACCUACUGCUAGAUGACUUCUUUAAGUCAGCAGUUGACAACUGCCAGGACUCCUGGCGGCGGGUGAUCAGCACUGGGGUGCAAGCAGGCAUUCCCAUGCCCUGCUUCACUACUGCCCUCUCCUUCUACGAUGGGUACAGACACGAGAUGCUGCCAGCAAACCUCAUCCAGGCUCAACGGGAUUACUUUGGGGCUCACACCUAUGAACUCUUAAGCAAACCGGGAGAAUUUAUCCACACCAACUGGACGGGCCACGGGGGCAGUGUGUCAUCCUCUUCAUACAAUGCCUAGUAGGCAGGCCUGUGGCUUGCUCUCCCUCCCAGCAAUAGGACAGCCCCUGUGGCGCUCAGCAACCCCCUUUGCCCUAGUUCCUGCUCUUAGCCAAGUGUUGGCUGUGAUCGCUGAAGAGUUCACCAAGGUCUGUAGCUUCUGAACCACCACGUGCUCCACCUCCAUCUCCGUGCUGCCCAGGAACUGACCCUGCGCGCCACUGCGUGACUGCUCCCUGACUGAGCCGUGCCAUGUGGACCAGACAAGCUGCAGCUCUUAGCUCCCAGAGGGGGUGGGUGUGGGGACCAUGCGUGCGGGUUCUGCUGUCCUCCAGUCAGUGAAGUGUAUAUGGUUACACUCUCUGGGUGUGCCUGGCAGAACGGUCUGCACUGAGUUCACUAUUGCGAACUGAUUUGUUUUCCUUUAACCUUGUUCACUUUUAACUCUGGCUUUUUAUUUUUUAAGACUCCAAAUAAAACAGAACAGGUAGUGAGUAAAUCUGGAGGGAGGUGCAGAGCUGAGGGCAGAGGCUCUCCGGUCGGGUCUUUUCUUACUGGCACAGUAGGUAGCGGGAUGCUCAGAGCAUCCGCCCGGUCCCACUUGUAAUAAACUUUUAGACUGGU